GCCCGGCCUGGGCGGCGCCAGCGCGGCGGCGGGCGGGCGUGGCCAUGUGCGCGGGGGGCCCGCAGGACGUCACGGACCUCUUCGGCAUGAGGAGCCGGGAGCUGAAGGCUUUCCUCUCGAGCAAGGGCGUGGCAGUGGACGACUGCUACGACGCGGAGUCCCUGAUGGAGCGAGCGGCAGAAACCCAG